GGGGAUUGGAACACUUGAAUCACAUGAUAUGGAGGGGAUUGGAGCACCUGAAUCACAUGAUAUGGAGGGGAUUGGAGCACCUGAAUCACAUGAUAUGGAGGGGAUUGGAGCACCUGAAUCACAUGAUAUGGAGGGGAUUGGAACAACCGAAUCACAUGAUAUGGAGGGGAUUGGAACACCUGAAUCACAUGAUCUGGAGGGGUUUGGAACACUUGAAUCACAUGAUAUGGAGGGGAUUGGAGCACCUGAAUCACAUGAUAUGGAGGGGAUUGGAACAACCGAAUCACAUGAUAUGGAGGGGAUUGGAACACCUGAAUCACAUGAUUGGGAGGGGAUUGGAACACAUGAAUCACAUGAUAUGGAGGGGAUUGGAACACCUGAAUCACAUGAUAUGGAGGGGAUUGGAACACCUGAAUCACAUAAUAUGGAGGGGAUUGGAACACCUGAAUCACAUGAUAGGGAGGGGAUUGGAACACCUGAAUCACAUGAUUGGGAAGGGAUUGGAACACCUGAAUCACAUGAUAUGGAGGGGAUUGGAACACCUUAUUCACAUGAUAUGGAGGGGAAUGGAACACCUGAAUCACAUGAUAUGGAGGGGAUUGGAAUACCUUAAUCACAUGAUAUGGAGGGGAUUGGAACACCUAAAUCACAUGAUAUGGAGGGGAUUGGAGCACCUGAAUCACAUGAUUGGGAGGGCGGGGCCAAUACUUUUGGCAAUAUCAUGUAUAUUUAUGGGG